CUCCACAACCAUCUUGACGUCCUUCGACCAGUCAUGAUUCGGCUGCUCGGUAUGAUUGCCGAAGCCGUCAACGGUACGAAACAAGGACUGAUCCCUGUUGUCUCGUGAAGCUUACGGCGUAGUCGUACCUUUUCAAGGUCGCUCUUGCCUUUUUUCUGUGAAUCUGUUGUACAUUACUUCGUCUUCCUGUAGAUACUUCCAGUAUACGGCUGAACAUUGCAGUAGCAGCAGCGAACACAAACCCUACGACUCGUCCAGCGUUCUCGCAUCGUCCUUCAUCUUGCCUUUCAGCUAUCUUUGGCGAUAUACCCAUCAUGCGCUUCGCACCGUCCCUUCUCGUUCUUUCCGUCCCUCUAGCACAUGCGAUCCCACAAUUGAGUCAAGAUUCGGCUUCAGUAUCCGCCGAAUACGCAAAUGAUGACACCUUCGAAAAAGCUGUCCUCGAUGUCACCAACCUAUACCGCAGACAGCACAAUGCAUCACAACUAGCUUGGAACGAGUCGUUAGUUGAGUAUGCGAAGGAUUGGAGUGAAGAUUGCGAGUUUAAACACUCCGGCGGUCCCUCGGGAGAGAAUCUUGCGUCCGGGUACCCCAAUGUGACAGCUUCGAUUGAGGCUUGGGGGAAUGAGAGAGAUGAUUAUGAUUUUGACAAGGGAGAGUUCGCAUCAAAAACAGGACACUUUACCCAACUCGUCUGGCGCAACACUUCGACCGUAGGCUGCGCACGCACAGAAUGCAACGGCAGCCAAAAGGGCGGGAAGGGCGAUGCUCCAGGAUGGUACGUCGUCUGCGAAUACUACCCCACCGGUAACGUGAUCGGACAGUUCACCGAUAACGUGCUCGAGCAACUACCUGAUGAUAAGGUUCCGAGCGCGAGUGAUGCGCCAACUACGACGGGGGUGCCGAGUGCGACUGCAACGCCCCAGGGUAUGGCGAGUGGGACAAAGACCAACAUGGUCACGCUGUUCGGAGCGGUUCUGCUGGGAGCGUUGUGGGUAUGAGGUACAUGAUGAUUACGAUGUCUUCGAUUAUGAGCAAGGAGUUAUUGCAUCUCAAGGGCUUUAUGGGAUUCGACAUCUACGCGCACGGAUUCCAACACAACGUACGUAUAUGAUGUAUAUGUCACUAGUAUAUCGCAUUUCACACGAUGUGUGAGCAUCACCAGAAUUGAU